UGUUUUUAUUCUAACUGGAUAUUUAGGAUAAUUUUCAGGAAGACCCAAUACAGAUGUCUAUGAUCAUCUGUAACUGUCUGAAGGAAGAAAGGAAGAUCCUGGAAAAUGCUCAGAGAUUCAACCAGGCACAGUCGGGGAAUAUUCAGAGCACUGUGAUGUUAGACAAACAGAAGGAGCUCGACAGUAAAGUCAGAAAUGUGAAAGACAAAGUUAUGUGUAUAGAGCAUGAAAUCAAGACCCUAGAAGACUUACAAGAUGAAUAUGACUUCAAGUGCAAAACCUUGCAGAACAGAGAACAUGAAACCAAUGGUGUGGCAAAGAAUGAUCAGAAACAAGAACAGAUGUUAAUCAAGAAGAUGUAUUUAAUGCUUGACAAUAAGAGGAAGGAAGUAGUUCACAAAAUAAUAGAAUUGUUGAACAUCACCGAACUUACCCAGAAGGCCCUGAUUAAUGAUGAACUGGUGGAGUGGAAGCAGAGACAGCAGAGUGCCUGUAUCGGGGGACCCCCCAAUGCUUGUCUUGAUCAGCUGCAAAACUGGUUCACCAUAGUUGCCGAGAGUCUGCAGCAGGUUCGUCAGCAACUUAAAAAGCUUGAGGAAUUGGAACAGAAAUACACCUAUGAACAUGACCCUAUCACAAAAAACAAACAAGGGCUAUGGGACCGCACCUUCAAACUCUUCCAGCAGCUCAUUCAGAGCUCAUUUGUGGUGGAAAGACAGCCUUGCAUGCCAACACACCCUCAGAGGCCACUAGUCUUGAAAACCGGGGUCCAGUUCACCGUGAAGUUGAGACUCUUGGUGAAAUUGCAAGAGCUGAAUUAUAAUUUGAAAGUCAAAGUCUUAUUUGAUAAAGAUGUGAAUGAGAGAAAUACAGUAAAAGGAUUUAGAAAAUUCAACAUUUUGGGCACACAUACAAAAGUGAUGAACAUGGAGGAAUCCACCAACGGAAGUCUGGCAGCUGAAUUUCGACACCUGCAACUGAAAGAACAGAAAAAUGCUGGCACCAGAACUAAUGAGGGACCCCUCAUCGUUACAGAAGAACUUCACUCCCUUAGUUUUGAAACCCAGUUGUGCCAGCCUGGUUUGGUCAUUGACCUCGAGACGACCUCUCUCCCCAUCGUGGUGAUCUCCAAUGUCAGCCAGCUCCCGAGUGGCUGGGCCUCCAUCCUGUGGUACAACAUGCUGGUGACAGAGCCCAGGAAUCUUUCCUUCUUCCUGAACCCGCCUUGCGCACGAUGGGCUCAGCUUUCAGAGGUGCUGAGUUGGCAGUUUUCUUCUGUCACCAAAAGAGGUCUCAAUGUGGACCAGCUGAACAUGCUGGGAGAGAAGCUACUUGGUCCUAAUGCUGGCCCCGAUGGUCUCAUUCCAUGGACAAGGUUCUGUAAGGAAAACAUAAAUGACAAAAAUUUUCCUUUCUGGCUUUGGAUUGAAAGCAUCCUUGAACUCAUUAAAAAACACCUGCUCUCUCUCUGGAAUGAUGGGUGUAUCGUGGGCUUCAUCAGCAAGGAGCGGGAGCGCGCCCUACUGAAGGACCAGCAGCCGGGGACGUUCCUGCUGCGCUUCAGCGAGAGCUGCCGCGAGGGGGCCAUCACGUUCACGUGGGUGGAGCGGUCCCAGAACGGAGGCGAACCUUACUUCCACGCGGUGGAACCCUACACGAAGAAAGAACUUUCCGCUGUUACUUUCCCUGAUAUUAUUCGCAAUUACAAAGUCAUGGCUGCCGAAAAUAUUCCAGAGAAUCCCCUGAAGUAUCUGUAUCCAAAUAUUGACAAGGACCAUGCCUUUGGGAAAUACUACUCCAGGCCAAAGGAAGCUCCAGAACCAAUGGAACUCGAUGGCCCUAAAGGAACUGGAUACAUCAAGACUGAAUUGAUUUCUGUGUCUGAAGUUCAUCCUUCUCGACUUCAGACCACAGACAACCUUCUCCCCAUGUCUCCUGAGGAGUUUGACGAGGUGUCUCGGAUAGUGGGUCCUGUAGAAUUCGACACUAUGAUGAAUGCAGUAUAGAGCACGAAUCUUUCCCAUCUUCUCUGGCGACAUGUUUCCUUCCCGUCUGUGAUCCCCUCCUGCUGCUCUGUUCCUUCACAUCUUGUGUUUCUAGGGAAAUGAAACAAAGAUGAAGAAGUUUGCUGCAACCUGUUGAUAGCAAGUGGAUUUUUCCCUAAUUCACAAACGUCUGUUACUCUGAAGGGCUUCAUGCAUCUUAUGAAAGGUAAAAUUGAAAGGCCCUCUCCGUAGAGUGGGUUUUAGACAUGAAAAAUACUGAGAUAAUACUGAAAACAUGAGGACUAGAAGGAGGGUCUUUUGGGAAAGGAGGAGCAGUUUAGCAGCACUUAGCAAAUGCUGUGCCCAGAGUCCACGCCGUUGUCACAGGUUGUUGGACAGAUCACAUGGUUAUUUAGGGAACUUCUUGAUACAGGACUGGCAGACUUCUAUUCUGGAGAAUUCUGAUUUCUUCCCUCUGCUUUAAAUAUGGCUGGAGGUUUUCCAUUGGUUUAUCUACGGAAUCGUUCAAAGCUAAGAUACAGAGAAUUGCGUACACUGAUUAGCAAAGGUAGCCGUCCUGUGUCUAGAGGCAGGGAUGCAAGUCGUGUUCUUCCACAUGAGCCAUAGAAAGCUAAAAGCACAUUCUCUCUCUUGGGAGAAUUCACUUUUCUGCUUGUCAUGGCAUGAUGUUACUGGCUAAUAUUAGUAGAAGGAAAUCUAUUUUCCAAAUUCAUAAGUAGUUUUUUUCUGUGUAAACCUUAAUAUCCAAAGUUGCACAUCUUCUGCCUUCAUCAUGGUCCCUAGUAAAUGAAGUUGUCUUCACACUUCUGUUCACGGGAGCCAGGCUGUUAACAACAGCUCUCUCUAGGCAAAACCGUGUACGCAAAAAGUCGAAAUUAAUCAUAGAUGUAGACCGACUCAGAAAUUUAAUUCAUAUUUCUUAAAUGGGUUAAUUUGUCUUCAUUGUUAUUAGUUGGUAUUUAGUCUUUGUCAUAACACUUUCAAAUUGAGAAGAAAAAUAGUAAUUGACAAAUAAUUAACCAGAGAUAAUAGAAGAGUCAAAUCACGCGAAAACUCGUCCUGUGUGACGGCAUUGAGAAUGGCAUGUUUUUCACUGAUAAAUGUGUGUCUCUGACAAAUACAUUUGCAGAUGGUUCCACUUU